CACCGGCGCACCCCCACUCACUCCACAUGCAGCAGUUGUCAUCCUGCUUCCAUUUCCCGAUCAUAACAGUGGACCAGUCAUGUAUGUAUGAUAACUGUUCAUCCAGUGACGCCUCUGCUUGCUGCUGCCCGUCCAUUCCUACGCAACUACUUGCUAAUAACGUUUCUCAUCGCGUGGGUGACAUCAUGUAUCAGCCUUCAGCGGCAGUUGCGUCGCUCCUGCUCCUGCUUGUAGUCAUAGUCGUCUACAGAUUCUCAUCUCCACGUCUCCCGCUCCCUCCCGGUCCCAAAUCUACAUUUUGGGCCGGGAACGUACAUCAACUUCCAGCCUCCGAACCUUGGUUGACCUACGCAAAAUGGGCGCAACAGUACGGCCCUCUCGUCUACUUUCGCAUCUACGGCCGAAGGAUGCUCAUCCUCAAUUCACUCCAGGCGGCACUCGAUCUCCUCGACACAAGAUCUGCUAUCUAUUCUGAUCGACCGAUGAUGUGGAUGUACAAGGAGCUUGCUGGGAGGAAGCUUGCCGUGUUCAACAUAUCAGUGAACCAUCCUCGGUUCAAGAAGUAUCGCAAACUGCUGCAAGCGGGCCUGAACCCGCGCGCCAUCCAAAGCUAUCGUCCGAUUCAGGAGGAAGAGAUGCAUACGCUCUUGCGCGGACUUGCCAAGUCACCAGAGAAUUUCAUCUCUCAUAUCAGAAGAAAUGCCGGCGCUGUGAUUCUCAAGGUUGCUUAUGGAUGGACUGUGGCGGAGAACAACGACUACUUCGUUUCGCUGAUGGAGGAAUCGUUCAAACUGCACGCGCUCGUCGUCAAGCCGGGUCGAUGGCUUGUUGACACAUACCCCAUUCUGAGAUUCGUCCCUGCAUGGUUCCCCUUUGCAGACUUCAAACGACAAGGCGCCAAGUUCCGAGAAGAGUUCUCGCGGAUCGACACGAUCCCGCACAACUGGGCAAAACAGCAAAUAGAAUCCGGCAAGUACGUCGAGUCCUUCACGUCGCUGAACCUCCGACCAGAAGGCGGUACGACCCCGGACGCCGAAGAGGAGGACAUCGUCAAGUGGUGUAGUAGCGCGCUGUACGCCGGCGGGGCCGAUACCGUCGUCGGUUUGCUCACAGCGUUCAUCCUGUUGAUGGUGCUCAACGCAGAGGCGCAAAAGCGCGCCCAGAUGGAAAUCACUCGCGUUGUGGGAGCGGGCAGGCUGCCGACCGUGGACGACCAGGAAAGUCUGCCUUAUGUUGGGGCGCUCAUAAAGGAGGUGAUGCGAUGGGCCCCGGUGGCACCACUAGCUUUGCCUCAUAGAGUGACGGAAGACAAUGCCUAUCAGGGAUACUGGAUCCCCAAGGGAACUGUGGCACAUGCGAAUGUGUGGGCUAUAGCACACGAUCUCGAGACUUACCCGGAUCCGUUCGCCUUCAAGCCAGAACGAUUCCUUGCCGAGGAGGGCUCCGAACCGCAACUUGACCCUCGCAAAUUCGUCUUUGGAUUCGGACGGAGAGUCUGUCCAGGAUCUCAUUUCGCCGAGAGCUCCGCGUUUCUCGUGAUCUCGUGCAUCCUCGCCACGUUCGACAUCUCGAAAUCGGUGGACGAGAAUGGUAGAGAAGUCGAGCCGCCGGUCGCGUUCACUUCAACAGUCACAAGCCAUGUGAAGCCGUUCCCUUGUCGGAUCACUGUGCGGGCCCCGGAGUUGCUGGCAACUGUGGCCUCGGGCUGAGAGGAUGGCGAGGUGGCGGAGAGUGCGUAGUAUUUUGUUUCGGUUUUCGGCUGGCUUCCUUUCUGUGUGGUUUGACGAUACAGAAGAACGUUGCGCAUCGCACAUCGAUCAUGGAUGGGGUGGAGUGGAAAAGAAGCCUUCAGGACGAGCCUGGAAACAUUCAGGAAUUAAGUCUGUACAAGCUGGCAGGAGGAUCGAUUGGUCGUGAUGACACUCAUCAGCAAGCGCAUUUGAAGGAUCACCAUUUUGUACUCUGUAACAUGGCAUGGGAAACAAAGACCUUCCUCAGGCCUCUCAAAAUGACGACUAUUUCAAAUCUGGAAUCUCUGCAGUCUAUGGUUU